UCUCAUCAACAAUUCAACUCCAACUAUCCCAAGAAAUGAAGAGUUUAAUUGCUUCCACCUACUUUUUCUUUUCUCUCUUCCUUCUCUCUAUAUUCACCUCAAACCUCCCUUCCGCCGCAGCCGACGUCGUUACCGACAGAGACGGCGAUGCACUUAAGAACGGAGGCACUUACCACAUCCUCCCCCUGUUCGGAGUAAGGGACGGUGGCGUAGAACUGGCGGCCACCGGAAACGAAACGUGUCCUCUCACGGUGGUUCAAUCUCGCACAUCUAAAAUCUUCAGGGGACUUCCAGUGAUAAUCUCAUCCCCAUAUCGAAUUGCUUACAUCAACGAAGGUCUCAUUCUGAACUUGGCUUUCGCUUCUCCGCCCUCGUGUGCCCCCACUCCUCCGAAGUGGACCGUUGUUAAGGACCUAUCCGAAGGACAAGCCGUGAAACUACCUGGGUACCGCAGCACCGUGAAUGGGUGGUUUAAGAUUGAAAAAUCUUCCCUUGAAUACUUGUACAAGGUUGUCUUCUGCGCACGUAGCGGUGGCACGUGUGGGGAAGUUGGGAUUAGUGUUGAUGAUGAGGGUAUGAGUCGUUUGGUUCUUACUGAGGAAGAGGAUGAUGGCAUCAUUGUUGAGUUUAUGAAGGCUAGUUCAGUUGGUGUUUGAAACACAUGAAAUGGAAAGUCGUGUGUGUUUUCUCAGUGAAAGAGAAUAUAUGUGAUAAAUAAAUUAUAAACAAAAAAUCGCAUCAUUGAGCUUCAGCUUGCUAAUAUAGGCAAUAGAUUCUGCUGAAUCAGAGAAACUGGUUUAUAUAUAUAUAUA